CCUUGACCGGAAAGUUAACUUUUACACGGUUUGAAAAACGUUCGCCAUCCCGCGCUCAAUCUCCUAGGCAAGGAGACGGAACCGAACAGGCGAACAUGUUUCUACGUUCAGUGCGCACCUACCCACGGUCACUCCACACGCUGACCCGCGCAAGUGCGGUCCGGCCAUCCACCUAUUACGCACCAAACGAGGUCAUCCGAACUCGGCAAAGCCCAUGUCCUAAAAUUUCUACAAAACAGUCACACUUUGGCAACAGACGCUCUCUAGCAAGCAGUGUUCCUCGCCUUCAACAACUCGGUUCGGCAGAAAGGAUUUCAACAUCCAAAAUGGCAGGCGACGACCACUACCUCACGCUUUCGUGCCCUGACAAGGCAGGAAUCGUCUACGCCGUGACGGGCCUACUGGCAAAGGAAAACCUCACGAUUCUGGAUCUGCAGCAGUUUUCCGACCCAGACUCCAAGACCUUCUUCAUGCGCGUGCACUUUGGCCAUGCCUCGGACGUAUCCGCGCUGCAAGCCAGCAUGGCCACGCUUGCCUCUGAAAUGAGCAUGACGUACCAAAUCCGGCGCGUAGACGCAAAGCCCAAAGUGCUCAUCAUGGUCUCGAAAAUCGGGCACUGCCUCAACGACCUCUUGUUCCGAGUCAAGUCGGGCCAGCUCAAAGUCGACGUGCCGCUCAUUGUGUCGAACCACAGCGAAUUCGCAGAGUUGGCAAAGAACAACGGUAUCGAGUUCCACCAUCUGCCUGUUACAAAGGACACCAAGGAGCAGCAAGAGACGCAGAUUCUCGAUCUUAUCAAGCAGCAUAAUAUCGAUCUUGUGGUGCUUGCGCGCUACAUGCAAGUCUUGUCGCCACGCUUAUGCACAGAAAUGUCAGGCAAGAUAAUCAAUAUCCAUCACUCGUUCCUGCCGUCGUUUAAGGGAGCAAAGCCGUACCAUCAGGCCUACGAGCGCGGCGUCAAGAUUAUCGGGGCUACCGCGCAUUUUGUCACGGCGGAUUUGGACGAAGGACCUAUUAUCGAGCAGCGCGUUGCGAGGGUCGAUCAUGCGUUGAGUCCCAAGCAGCUUGUCGAGGAGGGCAGCAAUGUCGAGAGCCAGGUGCUCGCUGCGGCGGUGAAAUGGUGGAGUGAAAAGCGAGUGUUUUUGAAUGGACAAAAGACUGUUGUGUUCAAUUAAAAAGCAUUCGUACACUAGUAGGCGGAUUUGGGAUGUUGGGGGCGAAAAGGUUGUAAAUACUACAUACAUACAUAGGUUACCAAAAAAA